AUGAUGAUGACAGUUGGAAACCGGUGUCGCGAUUGUCUGCAACUCCUACUACCAGAAGAGAAAAGAAGAGAGAAGGAUACAACAACAAUAACCAUUUCGGGUAUGGAUUUGGAAAGUCGCAUCAAGGCAUAUCGCUUCGUAGCAUAUUCAGCGGUCACGUUUUCCGUCGUUGCCGUACUAUCUGUUUGUGUAACCUUACCUAUGGUUUACAAUUAUGUCCAUCACGUACGCCGGCAAAUGCACAACGAAAUAACGUUUUGCAGGGGAUCAGCAAAAGAUAUCUGGGCAGAAGUACAUGAGCUAAAGAAUAUUCCUUUUGCAAAGAAUCGUACAGCUCGUCAAGCUGGUUACGGAGGAGGUGGUGAUGCCGGUGUUAGCGGUGGUCAAGCAGCGCAAGGAGGAGGAGGGGGAGCGGGAGGAGGAGGAGGGGGAGGAGGUUGUGAUGCGUGUUGCUUACCAGGAGCAGCCGGACCACCGGGUCCACCAGGCAAACCCGGUAAACCAGGUAAACCUGGAGCUCCUGGUUUACCAGGCAGUCCUGGUAAACCACCAAGUCAACCUUGUGAACCAGUCACACCACCACCAUGCAGUCCCUGCCCACCAGGACCACCUGGACCACCUGGACCUCCUGGACCACCUGGAGAUGCUGGUGAACCAGGGGCACCAGGUCGACCUGGAGUAGAUGCACCACCAGGUGAACCUGGACCGAAAGGACCGCCAGGACCAGUUGGAGAACCUGGACCACCGGGACCACCAGGAGAUCCUGGAGCACCUGCGCCAAGUGAACCUCUCGUUCCCGGAGAACCCGGACCACCCGGAGAACCAGGACCACAAGGGCCACCUGGACCACCAGGCCGGCCAGGCAGCAAUGGUGCACCAGGUCCAGCUGGUCCGAAAGGACCACCUGGACCCGAUGGUCAACCAGGAGCAGACGGUGCACCGGGACAACCGGGACCGCCAGGACCACCAGGAACCCAGGGUGAAAAAGGAAUCUGUCCGAAGUAUUGUGCCAUUGAUGGCGGUGUAUUUUUCGAAGACGGUACUCGUCGUUAA